AUGGCUCGGCUAAGCAGGAAUUCUCCGACUCCACACCGCGAGGCUGUCGGCGACGAUGCUGCGCAAGCGAGCACUCCUCAGCGCCUGGUGACAAGCUUGAUCGAUGAACAUGACAGUCUGCCAUCAUUCAAUGCCACGGCACACGAUGCCGACGACGAGCGACGAGAGUCCAACAUUUCCGCCGUGUCCGUCUCUUCCAUGUCCGAGUCGGCAUGGUACAGCGACAACGAUCUCACUCCAAUCAUCAACCUCUACAAUCCGCAGUACAGGCGAGAGAGCCACAGGCCAUCUCUAUCGCCGUUCGGGCUGCGGACACCCCGGCGAUCGACCAAAGGACUUCACACUCGUUCUCGAACCGGUACGCCGAAGUCACGCUGGUCGCGAUCAAGAAGGCGCAUUUCGGAAGCGACGGAAGCACCAGCAGAGGAAACCACACAGGAACACUUCCCUCUCGUUUUAUUGCACAUCACAUUGCUUCCCAUAGAAUUGCCAUGGAGCUUCGAAAAACUGCGACAAGUUCUCCCACCCAACAUCCUCGAUGACUUGCAGAAGCUGCGGGCCAAAAUCUCCGAAACAAUUCUCACGCGAGGCAUUCUCGUCUCUCAUCCCCAGGAGCAGUACGAGCUCCUCGAAGACCGAAUUCUAGAAGCCCUGGACCUUCAGCUGGAAAGGAUCACCAAAUGCGGUCAUUUCCGCCAGCGCGUCUCCACGGGUUCCAUUAGUGACAGCGACUCGGGUGUUGGGUCUAGCAUCGAAGAUUCGGAAAUCGAGCUUUGCGCCAUCUGCCAUCAUCAUGUUCGGCCGUAUGGAGCUGCAGUGGACAACGGUAGCAAGAAAUGGAGUGUCCGGGUCUUCGCGGCAAACGGUUUGAUGCCGGCUUCUGCUUGGGCGGUCAGUUGGCAGGAUAUGGAGAGUGUCGAUGUGGAGAUUUUGCCGUGGAUUGGUGAAGGCGAGAGAAAGAAGUUGGAGGAACUGAGGGCAGUCGAAGAUGCAGAGAGGCGACUGCAGAGGGAUGUUGAGGAUGACAGACUGAGGCUGAUUGCCGAUGAGCGGAUCUCGCUGGCAUUGGACGAGUUGGCGAGGCGUCAUCGCGAAGUCGGCACUGAUCCUGUGCCUGAGACUAAACCAGAAAAGGAGGACAGCCUUGUUGGACGAGGUGUGCCGCACACCCCCCAGACCUCGCAGAUUCCGCUCGCCCUGCUAUUGAAGAACUAUCUCAUUCUUCUGUUGCAGGACUGGCGCAAUGUGGCCAUCUUCCUGGUGGGAAUUUCCGUCAUCUUCCUCGCCGGUACACAAAGGAAAGGUGUGUUGCAAGCAGCAAACCCGCACCAAGUCAGUGCAACAGACCCCGGGUUCCUGAAUCUGCAUCCGGGCAAUGAAUCAAUUGAGGCUCCCCUUUGGACGAUCGAGCCUCUCGAAAUCGGCAAGAUGGGCCAAGUCGGCAUUGGAGAGAGUGCUUCGCCUUUGCCAAAAGGUGAACGAUUCGAAGGAGAUGGGCGAUAUUGGUCUGAUGGACAUCGAGGGUUCGAUAUUCGGGCUUGGAAACCGUGUAGAGAAGUGUUUAGCGGACGACAGCACAGGCCAUGA